UUUUUAUAUCGAAGAGUUUCAAACAUGGAGGUUAAAAUUCAUAUCGAAAGUGAAUGUCCAGUGCCAUAUCAAACAUCAGAUUUAAAAAUAAAUUUAAACAACGUCGAAUGUAUUGGCGAUUUAAAGAAGAAGCUACAACCCUUACUCAGCGUUGCGGCAUGUGAUAUGUCUGUUGACCACAAGACACGACAGGAAUUAGAAAACAGAGAGAAAAUAUCGAAUUUGUAUGUGCGAGAAGGAGACACGUUUAUUGUUAAAUUUAUAAGCGUGUGCAAUUUACAUUUCUUUUCGGAAUUUCUUGAUGAUAUGAGAGCGUUUGUAAAAGAAGUUUGCGAAGCAUUUUCAGAUAUUGAUUGGAAUGGUUUAUUAGAAGUAGUUGAGAAUUUUUAUGAAGCUGUGUCAGAAGGUUUAGAGAUUUGUAGUCUGGAAAUGUUUUCACCAUGGAAAUCCAAGCCAACAAAUGCAAACAAACAUUAUUUUGUACAAGAAGGUGGAUUGGAUCUGUUGGCUACUAUCUACAACUUUGCUUCUAAAAAGCGUUGUCCAUUGACAAUAUGGUAUGUAUAUAAGGGGAUAUGGAGCUGGGCUGGCCUGGUCAACUCGGGAUAAUUCAUUUCAAAGUUGAAUUAACUUACUUUGUUUCCAGUAACAGUAUAAAGUUCAUUCAAGUGAUAAUUUAUGGUCAGGAAAAAUUUUUGUCACAAUUCAUCCCAGCUAAAUGGGCUGGCGAACUUCUCAACAAUUAGGUUGUGGGUGGAAUAAGUCAUAUGGGCUUUAAAACAAUGUACAGUAAGAGUGAAACAAUAAAACAGGGAACAGUAGGGUGCAAUGCAACUUAAUGGGUUAACACGACACACAGGCAGAUAGUCUGAUUAUAAUUAAGCCAUUGAUCGAGAGCCAGCACUCGGUCUCUCCCCUUGAUGAGUAAAAUCAUCUGGUGUUAGACAGAGUAAAACAAAGUAACUGGCCACAUUAUUGUGUAAUGCAACUUAAUGGGUUAAUCACCAAGAAACCCUCAUCAUUUUUGUUAUAUUUUAGUGAGAGGGACUUGCAAAUGGUGAGGUAUUUUAAUCGUGGACAAAAUGAAUUGGAAGUGUCUUGUCUUAGGUGUCUGUGGAGUUUAUCUGAAAUUAAAGAAGAUCGACAGAUGGUUUUAAGAACUAUUGGUCUAGAGCCAUUCAUUCACUCUCUUCUCAAAGUCAAAGCAGAUAUUGAUGACGAUGUUGGAGGGAUCGCUGUUUGCAUUCGUGUUAACCAAGCUUCUAUGGGAUGUUUAUCACAGUAAGAAGCCAAUUUCCAUUUCUUGAUUUUUUACCCAUUUUAGGGAGCAUUCAUUAUUUAUGUCGGGGGGAGGGGCUGGUAACACUGAGAUAUAUUUUUUAAAAUAUUAUUAUAAGCCUCCCUUCUCAAGUGACACAUCUUAACAGGCACCCCGCUAAGAAUUGUCCAGAUUUUAUUCCCCCCCAAUAUUUAAACCCCACCUACAGUAGUGUGCAAUGUUUUUAAAUUGGCUUAAAUGCAGUAUGUAUGAAUGUACUAGGUCUAUUUAGGUUCAUUUGCUCAGUUGAAAUGCUUAGAAUAAUUAGUAAAUUAUUGCUGCCUCCUAAUCUUGACGAUGUGUUUUUCUUGCAUCAGUCCAUUUCCGGUUUGCACCAGUCUGUUCUGCACCUAAAAAUUUAAUAAUUUAAAUUAUUAAAUUUUUAGGUGCAUACAAGUCUUCAUAUAAACAAGUGGAGCUUGUCGAUUGUCAGUUUUUAAAAGAUCUGAUUGAGCGUGACUGUAGGCUUGAUAGAACAUCGUACUUCAAGCUAUAAAUAGGUCUAAAUAAUUAUGUACAGUGAUAGUUUAUUAAUAAUAUUGUUAUUAUGAGAAUAUCAAUUGAGUAGUAUUGUGCCUGCAUUAAUUGGAACAGACAAUUGUAUACAAAUGAAAAAUCAUCUGAGGUGAGACUUUUUUUAUUUAUUGGUUUACGGAUUUGACUUUAAAAAUAAGAGGAUGGUAGGUCGGAAAAAAAUUAAAAAAAAACGAACUGAGUAUAAAUGAGAACCGAAAUUAAUAAUCUUUAUAAAAAUUUUUAACGUCAAUUUCAAAAAAACGCAAAAAACGUGGCUAAUCUACAUAUUGAUUGUCACAACGAUAACAUGAGCCAGCAGUACCUAGAGUCAAAGUUCACUUGAAGUGUACUUCAUGUCAGAACCCCAAAUUAAUUAAAAUUAACUAAAAUUGUAAAAUUUUUGACAUCCAAAUUUUUUUUUAUUUUUCACUUUCUGAAUAUUUACGGUCGGCGGAUCCGUAAACCAAUGAAUAAAAAAAGUCUCGCCUGACUUUAUAUGAAUUAUUCCUAUAGGUGAUGUGCAAUCACUCCCAUGGGAUUCAAAUAGAUUCAUUUUGUGUCCCCAUCAGGCAUCAGCAGAUUGUUCUUGCAUGUUCAGUUGUUUUGCAACAGGGGUGGUCUUGAAGGUGCCAUUAAAACGAUAAUUGUUAUUAAAUUCUGUAUGUCCAAUGAUUCAUUAAAGUAUUAUUAUAAUUUAUAUAUAAUAUGAUUUUGUAUAACAUUCAGCAGCAAAGUAGCCAUGGCAACUGGCCAUGCCAAUAAAGCUGCAUCUAUUUGAAUAAUGCAAAUCAUUAAAAACUUGUAUACAGUAGCAUGACCUGUUGCUAUGGCUAGUUUCACCACUGGCAGCAUUAUAAGUACUAGAUAAAACAUGAGCAGCCGAUCUGUAUCUGAUAUACAAACUCGAGCCAAAGGCGAGAGUUUGUAUAUCAGAUACAGAUUGGAUGCGAAUGUUUUAUCGUACUUAAAAAAUUACCCAUCUUAUGAGUUCAUUGGCAAAGUAAUUUUAAAAAUAAACAUUGUCUAAGCCGAGAGAAAAUCAAAGCUGAAGUUUAUGUAAAUCAGGACAAAUCUUUAUCCGAUUUACAAACAUUGAUUAAACAUUCAUUUCUUUUAUAUUUUUCUUGUGAAUUAUUAUCAUUAAUUAUACAUACAAAAGCAAGAAGUUAUAAGCAUUGAAUAUUUAGCUGACCUUCAACCUUGUGUAAAUUAAGUGUUUGAUAUUCGAGGGGCUCUGGCCAAAUCCAUAACUGGAUACCAUAAAAACAUGGUAAGAAAACAAUAUCCGGUGUUAGAACUAGCCAAUCAGAUGCCAGUUCGGAUAUGGAUUUGGCCAAAGCCCCUCGUCGCACCGCACGUAAGAAGGGCUCUGGGUACGAGAAUGAUGUUGCCUUUGAUCCCUUGGGGGUGAGGAAGCUGACUCGUCCCCAGUCGUCUCUGUGUUUCAAGCGUGGGCGGAAGCAGGCAAGGUAUGCAGGUGGUGAUCACUGCUUCCACCCACCAUCUCCCCUGCUUGUGCCCGCAGAGUAUUCUGCCCACGCUUUACACAGAAUAACACAGAGGCGAGGCAGCACUUUCCUUGCGAUAGUAAUUUCUAUUUUAAUUAAUUAUUUAAUUAAUUAUUAAAAUAUUAACCUUAUAUUUAGAAAUAAAGCAACCCUAUACUUUUUGUCUCUAAAAUCCAAGCUUGUAUGAUCCUGGGAAUUAUUGUAAAAGUAAUUUUAUUAACAAAAUAUUUUGCAAGAAGCACCAGAUGUUUUUAGUAGAGGAAGGAGCAUUCACCAGUUUGAUUAUUUUGAGGGGGUGAAUGUCUCUUGUACUAAGGGACGGACCAUUAGAAAAGUGAUGGGGGUGGGGGUGUGGGGAUUUUCUAAGAGGCAAUAUAUAUAUUUUUUGUACACCUAUAGAAGAAAUUUUUUUCUCACUUGAUGACUGGAAAUAUAUUUUUUUAAUUAAAAUUUAUAGGCCUAUCUUCCAAGGAAGGAAUUUUUUUUUGCACUAUGCCUGGGAAGAUUUUUUUUCCUAAUUUUUUUCUGGGAAUAAAUUUUUGUUUGGUUUUGCCCCGAUCACUUUUCUAAUGGUCCGUCCCUAAGUGCACUGGAUAUGAAUGUAGGUGGAUACAGCAUCGGCUGUGCCCUAGCUGUGAUGUCAUUUUGGAACACUUACAUGAACUGUCAAUUUACCAAAUUAACGAAAUAAACGACAUAAGUGGAAGAAGAAUCACCGAAAUAAAUCUUGUUCAUUUUAGAUAUGUCGAGCUGCCAGACACCCAACAUAUUUUAGCUGAGAACCAGGAAGUUUUAUCAAAACUCCUCUGGCUUACAUCCAAUGAUUCAGACACUUAUCAGAAAGUGGUUGCAGCAAAUACAUUAUUUUGUUGCUCUAAUCAUCCCAAGGCUGCUAGAAAGAUCAUUGAAAAUCAAUGUUAUCGUUUGGUUCUUGAAAAGGCCCAAGGGUUGGAAUUAGCUCGCGAGGAUCUUUCUGCUUUGCCUUUCACAACUGCUGUUGCGUGAGUACAUAAAUGCUUGUCUCAGGAUUUUGGGCAAAACCUAACUCUCCAAAAUGGCUGGAAAUGCCAUUCAAGCCCACAAUUCCUCUUCCUCAACAAAGACAAAACAAGUCUGAUAUUGUCUGUACGUAACAAGUUGUUAACAAAAGUUGAUGACGACAAGCUUGUUGCAACUUGUCAAUACGAAUAGUGAUUUUUCAAUUUUUAUAUAGUAAUAUUUUAAGGUGUCUUAAACGGGCUGUUGAUUGGCAUAACCCAUAUUAAACUUUAAUAUAUAAAAAUUGAAGUUUCCUUUUAAUAACUGUAGGAUCCACAUUCGUAGUCUUAGUCAUUUUUCAGCAUUUUCACAACGGUUGAAAAAUCUGGUGGAUAGCGCUAUCCAGCCUUCGUACAACCGACCCCUGGGACAAUCGUAUACUAAGAAUAAGGACCGGUUUGGAUGUUUUAUGAACGCAUUCUUUCCGAAGAAAGUAUAUGUGCAGACAACAUGAAACUUUAGACUGCAGAAAAUUGCACAAGGCAGUUAUCAAACUCAUGUCACAGAAGUAGUAAAGGACAUGUGUGACAACUGAACGGUAUCCAUUAACAGUAAAGUUUUUGGCCAGGGUUGGUUAAAAAUUUUUUUGGACUUUUUAAUGCAUGAAUCAGCAAAAUUAUUACCAAGAAAAACAUUUCUCUUUGGUGCCAACCCCAUAAAUAAUGACAGUUCCCUCAACACAUUGGGAUCCGGUGUCUGAUGAUAAAUUAAACCAUCCUUUUUAGAUACUCUUUCUGUUUAUUCUUGGUCAACAUUCAAACUUUGCCUGAAGAAAACCUGCUUCCUUACGACGAAAUGCAGCAAAUCAACCAAGUCUUAGAAGCUUUCCUGCAUGUAGUCACUCCUUCUGAAAUUGGCCGUUUUGAAGCAAAACUUGGUUAUGUGUGGAUAACCUUAAUUCCUUUUCUCCAGCUAGCUUUGGCAGGACCGAGUAGGCCUUUGGGGACUGAGAAUGAGGGACUUCAGACUCGUUCCCAGGUCUCUGUAGAUCCCCGCUCGGAAAUCGGAACCCAACCGGGUGAAAGAAGUUGCGAUGCGGAAAUUUCCAACAACCGUGGAAUUGGUCCGUAUAAUUUUUCUCCUGCGGAAAAAAUUGGUUUGUUCUGCCUUUGUCAUUUGGCAAAUGCCCCGGAAAACCGAGAGUUGUUUAAAAAGGAAAAACUUGAAGAUUAUUUAAUUUGUGUUUGUUGGUUUGCACAACGCUGUCCCGAAGUCGCUGAUUUAACACCAAAACUUGAUGGAUUCGAGCGCUUAGAGCCACCACGCUUGGAAUCAAUAGCAAAAGCAUAUCUUUCAAAAUGUUUCGGUGAAAAAAUAAUGUAGAAAAAUUGGAAAGGGAACCUUUAUAGACUCAUUAAUUAGAAAACUGAAAAAUGCCGUAAAAACCCGCAUGAAAGGACCACUAUUUUUAUGUCAGGCUGAAGUAGUUCUUGAACUUAUAUAAUAUGUAUUUUGUGUGUCAGAAGUCAGCUUGAAUUGGUAAUUCUGCAGUAAUUGUUCCCGAAAUGAGAAUGUGCUGAAACUUCCCAGGCAUGGAGUUUAUGAUAUACUUAAAGUAAAAUCACACAAAAAAGUCGGGGUCACCGAACUCGUUAAGAAGAUAUGACAAUCACAAUAUACCACCUUUACACCAAUAUGGCGCCAUCUUGACGCUCAUUACGAGUAACAGCAAAAUCACAACAGCCCGAUAUUUAUUGACGUUUUUAGCGCGGAUUUUGCUUUAGUAAAUCUAUCUUGUAAUUAUUUUUGAAAAAAUAUUGUGUUUUGAGCAAAAUGAAACUACUAACGUGUACAAUUCUGAUCCACAAAUGUCUUUUGCACAUUUUACAUAUCUUUCUUUGAGAACA